AUGCCUCCAGACUACCGUACCACAGUUGGACGCCUCCAGACAUUUACAUUGCCCAGUGAGGAUAUGGGCUUAGCGGCUGACCUGAGUAUGGGCAAAGCACUGGUGGCGGCCUGGCAGCAGGAUGGAAUCUUGCAGAUUUCCAUAGACGCUGAGCAGCAGACGCUCUAUAAAGCAGCCAAUAAGGCCAGUAAGCACUUCUUCCAGAAGCCCUUUCACCAGAAAGCUGCGUGCAUCGAUAGCCAAAGCUAUUCCAAUUAUAUUACGAGCGGGGAAGAGCUUACAGAUAGCCUUGCGGAUUAUAGUGAGAUCUUUACCGUCACGAAGGACCUUGACCUUGACAAUCCCAGGGUGUCCGCCAAGUGGCCAUGCCAUGGGCGCUGUCCUUGGCCUGACGCAGAUCUGCGGGACCCCGUGAAGAAAUACAUGGACAGCCUCGGGCAGACCGGCGAGAAGCUUCUCCAGCUUAUUGAGCUGGGUAUCAAUGUACCAGAGGGAUCUCUGACGCACACUACGAAAGAUGGGUGGCAUCACAUGCGAAUUCUCAGAUUUCACACAACCAACGAUAUCAAUGGGAAAGACGAAGGCGGCCGAGGCAUCGGCUCUCAUACUGAUUAUGGUUUGCUUGUAAUUGCGGCCGCUGACGAUGUUGGAGCUCUCUUCGUUCGUCCUCCCUAUAAGGACGAGUCCGUUGCGAACUGGGAGAGGAGUGCUGCUGGAAUGAAGGAAGAUAGUGACGGUUGGGUGUUUAUCCCCCCAGCCGAGAAUUUCCUAGGUGAUAUAAUGCAGUACAUGACCAACUCGGUCCUCCCUUCAACACUCCACAAGGUGGGGCUUAAUAUGAAAGAGAGAUUCGCCUUUGCUUACUUUCAUGAGCCCAGCUUUCAGAUAGUCAUUAACCCUCUUCCGGGGUAUGAAGCCGGUCAGAGCCCAGAAGAGGGGAUCCAUUACGGAAAGCAUUUCACCAACAUGUUUAUGAGGAACUACCCCGAGCGCAUCACUACUCACCGGUUGGUCGAUGAGGGCCGGUACAAGUUGCUAGAUACGGAGGCACUUCGAACCAUGACUGGUUGA